AUGUCUUUAUUAAAAGUUGAUGACAAGGUGAAGGGGACUCGUGUGCAGGCGAAACUACUCGAAUUUGUGCUGGAUACGCUUCCCCGGCGCGAUAUUGAUGUUAUUGUUUACAAUACAGACACUGCCGUUGAUUGUCUUUCGACUGCUCCUAUUCUUAAGGAACGACGUCCGCAUCUUAAUCAUUGCCCCGAUAUUGCUCAUGUAACUAAUUCGAUGCUGAAAAAUGCUUGUGAGACUAUCGAGGAAAUUGCGGAAUGGAUGAAGAAUGUGGAUAUUAUAUGCAAGUAUUUUAACGGAUCAAGCUUCCUACUCGCAAGCUUCGCCCGAGAGACUGCUAAAGUCAACAGGGGACGUUCCUUAGACUUGCCUGCCGGGGAGUGCGAGUCUCGAUUUGCUUACCAAGUGACAAGAGGCAUGCGGGCUGUGAUGCUAAAACCGUGUAUGAGAGCAAUAUUUACGUCGUUGGAAUAUACCGAGGUGAUGAAAGGAAAUAUUACAAACACUAACAAUGGAGAGAAAGUAAGAGUAUCCAAGAGGAAUGAGAAAGUAGAAAAGUUGGUGGAAGAUGAUGAAUGGUUCAAUACUGGUCUCGUAAUUUGUAAGAGUUUCUGGCCACUCUUUCAACUGAUGAGGAAUGCGGAUAGUGAAGAAGCAACGACGUCCAAAUGGAUGUCUUGGAUGUAUGAUGGGGACAUGUUGCUAAAACAAUACAGUGAAGAUAGAUUCGACAGCAAACUCAGUCAAAUGGCCACGCGAGUAGCACAAAGUUUAAACAAUAAUACACGCGCGCAUUGGGACUUUUUGAAGGACAUACCGUAUUUGCAGUGUAGCGCUUUGCUGGACCCAAAAUAA